GUCCUAUCUUGUAACACUGCUAGUGACUACGCUAGUUUUAAAAUUUGGGGCAAAUUUUUGAUUGGUUCGGAGAGCGGCCAUUACUUGAACCACUGCGCAUUCACGGGAAUGAUACACCUGGUAUAUUUACAUCUUGGGUCUAGUGUAGUAUAUAGAAAUCUGUGGCCCGUCUAUUUACAAAAGGGUUUUACGCACCGGCCAGUCUUUGCUUUAAAUGUACACUUUAAAGGAUAAUGAAACAAAAAACAAGAACACGACAUAGAAUGCCAAAAAUCUUGUCGGUGGUGUAGACAAAACCGACUGGCGACCGUGGUAAAGAAUUUUAAAAUAAAAUAGACGACUAGGGACGUAGUUUUGGAGAGUUCCGGUCAUAUCUGCACUGGCCGCAAGCCGCGUUACCGGCAUUACCUUUCGGAUGCUUUUAGUAUCAGUGUUCUCAAGUGUAAGAAAAUGGUGAAAUCGUGUUGUGUGUGUCGUACUGAACAAUCGGCAGCAAGUCCUAACCUUAUUUUUCAUCGUGUACCAAAAGAUCCAGAGACACAAACACAAUGGCUGCAGAUAUUAGGAAAAAAGAAUAGUAAAACAAUUGUUGUGUGUAGUAAACACUUUCUACCUGAAGAUUAUAGAGAUUUCUGUAAAAUGCCACUUCUAAAAAAAGGGACUGUUCCACGGUUAAAUAUUUGUGAUAUAAAUACUGUAUUUGAAGAUGAUGAAAUAUCUGAAGAUUCUGUGCAGUAUAAAAUGUCAGAAGAGAACAUACAUGAAAAUCCAAACUUUGAGAGUGUGCCAGUAAAAAAACUUGAAAUCUCUCCUGGUUGUUCUAUGCAAUCUAAUGAAAAUAGUAGAAAUUUAAAAAGAUCUGAAGAUUCUGUGAUUCAAGCACAGUGUAACGAAGUGUCAGAGGAAGACAUACAUAAAAGUCUGAACUAUGAGAGUAUGUCAGUUUCAAAACUUGAAAUCACUUCUGAUUGUUCUAUGCAAUCAUCUAAUGGAAAUAUUAAAAAUUUAAAAAGGAAAAGUGACUUUGAAGAUGAAUCCAGAGUUAAACAAUACUUGUGCUUAAAAAAGUUCGGCAUUUUUAGGAAAGAAGAUUUCAAAGACGAAAACAGUUGGAAAAAAUAUCUCUUAAGCAUGAAAGGAUUGCGAAAAGAAAAACUACAACUACGACGUAAAAAUGAACUUUUACUAUCAAAAAUUAACACAUUCAAAGAUAUCAUUCAGAAUUUAAAAGAAAACCAGCUAUUGCCCAAUCAGCAAAUAGUUUUAAAAAUGUUCUUAAAACUUUUUGAAAAACAUUUCCGAAAACAUUUGAAAAAAACAUUAAAAUAAUGA